ACUUCCUUCGUCUGGUUGGUUGCCCCAGCGACACGUUGGGCCGAAGAGCGGUGUUGGGUACCAGAGAGACGGGAAGUCACUUCCUCCCGGAGACGCUGUUUCCUAGCAACCUCCCUCUGCUUCGGUUAUUAGUCCCUCCUUCUCGCUUGGUCCAGGAGCGGCUCUGCGGGCGCUGCCAGGCCCAGGCAGCCCAAGCCACUAUCAGAAGUUGAAUUAUUUUAACAAUUAGCUAUUUUAUAAAGGUAAAGAGACAGAAAUACACUAUGUGUGAUGAAGUUUUUAGCACCACUUUGGCAUAUACAAAGAGUCCGAAAGUUACCAAAAGAACUACUUUCCAGGAUGAGCUAAUAAGAGCAAUUACAGCUCGCUCAGCCAGACAAAGGAGUUCUGAAUACUCAGAAGACUUUGACAGUGAUGAGAUUGUUUCUAUAGGUGAUUUUUCCGACACUUCAGCAGAUGAAAAUUCAGUUAAUAAAAAAAUAAAUGACUUUCAUAUAUCAGAUGAUGAAGAAAAGAAUCCUUCAAAACUAUCUUUUUUGAAAACCAAGAAAUCAAACAGUAACAUAAUCGAAGAUGAGCCAGUAUGUGCUGUCAAAAAUGAUGAGGAAACAGCACCUGAAGGGUGUGAAGACAUUGCUGUAAAAUUCCUCUCUGAAUCUCAAAAUAAGGAUGAGGAAUUUGAAAAAGACAAAAUAAAAAUGAAACCUAAACCCAGAAUUCGCUCAAUUAAAAGCACAUCUUCAGCAGAAAACAACAGCCUUGACACAGAUGAUCACUUUAAACCAUCACCUCGGCCAAGGAGUAUGUUAAAAAAGAAUAGCCACAGAGAGGAGACAGAUGGACUAGAAGAUAAAACUGCCCUCAGUGAAGAAUUGGAGUUACAUUCCUCACCCUCUUCUCUUCCAAUGCCAAAUGGCACACAAUUAGAAGCUGAGAAAAAAGCAUUCUCUGAAAACCUUGAUGCUGAGGAUUCAUGCUUAACAAGUCUAUCAUCAUCAUCUCUUAAACAAAUUCUUGAAGAUUCUUUUUCACCAGGAUCUGAGGGAAAUGCAUCCAUAAAAGAUCCAAAUGAAGAAAUCACUGAAAACCAUAAUUCCUUGAAAUCAGAUGAAAAUGAAGAGCGUUCAUUUUCAGCAGACCAUGUCACUACUGCAUUUGAGAAGUCCAAGGAAAGUCAAGUGACUGCUGAUGACCUUGAAGAAGAAAAGGAGAAAGCUGAAUUGAUUAUGGAUGGUGACAGAACAGUUGAUCCACUACUAUCUAAAUCUCAGAGUAUCUUAAUACCUGCCAGUUCAACACUGUCUGCAAAGAAAACAAUUGAAGAUAGAAAUAUGAAGAAUAAAAAGUCAACAAAUAAUAGAGUAUCCAGUGCAUCUGCCAGAUUAAUGACCUCUGAGUUUCUGAAGAAAUCUAGUUCUAAAAGGAGAAGUCCACCAACAACUCCCUCUUCUAACUAUUUAGGGACUUUAAAAAUCUUGGACCAAAAACCUUCACAGAAACAGAGCAUAGAAUCUGAUAGAGCAGAUAGCAUAAGAGCAGCUGUUUAUCAGGAGUGGUUAGAAAAGAAAAAUGUGUAUUUACAUGAAAUGCACAGAAUAAAAAGAAUUGAAAGUGAAAACUUAAGGAUCCAAAAUGAAAAGAAAAGAGCUGCUAAAAGAGAAGAAGCAUUAGCAUCAUUUGAGGCCUGGAAGGCAAUGAAAGAAAAGGAAGCAAAGAAAUUAGCUGCCAAAAAGAGGCUUGAAGAAAAAAACAAGAAGAAAACUGAAGAAGAAAAUGCUCUGAGAAAAAAAGAAGCACUACAAGCUUUUGAAAAAUGGAAAGAGAAAAAGAUGGAAUAUCUUAAAGAGAAAAACAGAAAGGAGAGAGAAUAUGAAAGAGCAAAGAAACAGAAAGAGGAGGAGACUGUUGCCGAGAAAAAGAAAGAUAAUUUAACUGCUGUUGAAAAAUGGAAUGAGAAAAAGGAAGCUUUUUUCAAGCAAAAGGAAAAGGAAAAAAUAAAUGAGAGAGGAAAAGAAGAACUGAAAAGAGCUGAGAAAAAAGAUAAGGAGAAACAAGCUAUUAAUGAAUACGAAAAAUGGCUGGAAAAUAAGGAAAGGCAGGAAAGAAUUGAACGAAAACAAAAGAAACGUCAUUCCUUUCUUGAAAGUGAAACACUUCCUCCAUGGAGCCCUCCAAGCAGAACCGUGUUUGCAAAAGUGUUUUGAUAAUUCUAGUUCUUACAUUAUUUAGGAAUUUAUCGACUUGCCAAUAUUAGCCACAGAUUUAAAACCAUUCAAUUAUUUAUAGUUAGAGGAAUGUAUUUUAUUUAAAUGCCAGGUACUUCUACUGACAAUGAAAGAUAUUUUGGAGUGUAAUCAGUGACAGCAUUUUCUGAACUGUAGAAAAACUGCCUCGAAUGAAGACCUAAUAAUCAGAUUGCUUUUACCAUUAAGAUACAUAAAGUUUAAUCCCGUCCUGAUAAUUCUUAUAGUGGAAUGAUUCAUGAUCUUUUUCACUAAGCUCUGUAUGUUAUUUAAGUAUAUUUAAUUCCAGUAAUUAAAAGGAAACCAUCUACAUAUCAUAAUGAUAGAAAUGAUUCCGUUUGUGGAUGAUUAUGAAUCUAGAUUCAGGUUUUGAAAUGAGUGGUAGCUAGGAAGUAUGCAUAUAUUAUUCCUUCUGAAACUGAUGUUUAGCUCAAAGCAGUUGCAUUUGUACUUUACAAGUUAGAAUUUUGAUCAGCUGAGGCAGUAGUUCAGCAGAACUCUAAUCAUCAAAGCUUUUUAUUUAAGAACUUUGCCUUAUGUUUUAAUAUGAGUUACUUUAUCUGUUCCAGGCUUAUAUGACAAUCGUAGGCACUAUAAUGAGUCCACCUCUGAAAUUUUUCUUUCUGAAUUCUAUCUCACUUUAUCAUUUCAGUGAUACAAAAAGACAUUAAUGUCACAGAAGUGACAUACUUAUGUAUUAUGGAAAUUCCACAGGAGUUCAAGGUUAUUAUCACUAUAAUUAUUUUCCAGACUAAAGCCAUAAAGGUGAUUUAGGCAAUUACUGUAUUCUUAGCUAGUCCAGUUUUAUAGCUUAUAUUCAGAAGACAGCUGUAUGGGAAGGUAAAUGUGUUGACAAUGUCCACAAAAUGUUUAUGUAUUUAUUUAUUUGAUCUCUGCAUGUCCUUAUAUUAAUUGGUCUCAAACUUGACCUGGUCAUCUAAUUUAACAUAGACCAAGUAUAUGCUCUUGGAGUUGAAAUGCAGCAUUAGUCAGUAAUGCAAUGCAGAGAUGAUAGAUGAGAAUACACACUAUUUAUUGAGCAUCUAAUAUAUAAUAUAUACUGGAUCUUUACAAAUGUAUUUAACAUCUUUAUAGCAACUUUUCAGGGUAGGUGUUAUUAGCUUCACCUUACCGAUAAAAAUAGCGACACUCAGAUAAAUCAAGUAACUUGCCGUUCCGUUUGGAGUAUGCCUGAAUUGGGAUCAAACAGGAUUCAGUCUGUCUUACUCUUUCUGUAAUCCCUGUGCUCUUUUUCACACUUCUGUGUGGCCUCAGAGACUGCUAAGUUCAGUCAAGACCUCUGCAUAAUAUCAAUGUUACAAAGAUGUUUUAACUUUUAGAGCCUAAAAUCAUGUAUUGUUAUCCAGAGAUGAUCUUUCUCUACAGAAAUAGCUGUUUUGUUGUUAGAGAUAGUGGGCAUCAUUAAAUCUAUAAAAUGAAAUAAAAAAUCCGUAAGAUUUAAGGAGUUACUUAGACAUCUUAUACUUACUAUCUGAGUAUCAGAAAACUCAUCACAUUAUGUGACAAAGGCUUUGAGAUGGUCACUCCAGACGUUCCACACACUGAGCAUCAGCCUUCUUGCUGCAGUGCAUGUACAAGACAAGAAAGAUGUCAUAAACGGCUUUGUAAGAUUGUAUCAGUACCAUAGACAAUGAAGAGAAAUUUCAUACAUAAAACUAGAAGUCUUUUUAUAUGGCCAGAAGUAUAAUACUUUAUGAAAUUAAACUAGUUAUCAGCAAUCUGUAGUAUCAGCAUGGAAUUUAGGACCUCUCUUACUCACUUCUGUGUCCCCCAUAGUACCAAACACAGUGCCUGCCAAAGUAGAUUAAGUGUUUAUUGUAUUAGCCAUUUAGAGCUAAAAAGAUAUUUGCAAAUUUCAAAAAACAAAGAUACCAACUUUCCUAGUUUCUGUUUAAACUGGCUAAUAGAAUAAUAAAUUGCUGUGUAAAUGUUAAACUGUAGCUUCUCUGAGCUAUUUUUACUUUAAAAUUGCAUAUGAUUCUGCCAUUUUGAAUAUGUAUAUUACAUGUAAUUGUAACUUGGAUAGGCAAAAUUCUUGGUAUUGAAUUUAGGAUGUUUUAAGAAUUAUUAAAAAGAUAUAUUUAGUGUCUGCUUUUUGAUAGCAUGUUUUCAUGUAAUGCUUAAUGUAUCAAAGUCAACCAUUCAAGAUUUAUUUUAUUGGGUGAUACUAUUUAUUGACUGUGUUCUGAAAUGGCCAUAGUGUUAGGAAAUGUGAUGUGAGUUUUAUUUGUGGACUAAGGAUGAAAUAAUCAUAUUAUGCUAAUACACCUUUUAUUAUAAAUGACUAAAAAUUUGGAUAUAUAACUGAUGUUUUACUAUACAAAUUACAGAGAUAGAUAAUAUAAUUAUAUCAUUAUUAAAUAAUUAGGAAAUGAAAAUAAGCAAAAGUCACCCAUGUUCCCAGUUCUCAUCUCCCAAAGAUAAUUAUCACUAGCAUAUUAUUUUGUACUCUUCCCAUUAAUUAGUUUCUAGUGUACUUUCCCCUGUAGCUGAAAUUAAGCUGAGAAAAAAGGAAUAGUUCCUCCAUCCUUUUUCUCUCUUCCACUCUGUCUCCCUCCUGUACUGUGUAUAUAUACAAAUAUGUAUGCAUAUAUAUAUAAUGUACAUAAUAUAUAUAAAGUACAAACACUAUUGUGCAUAUUUUCAAAAAUACACAUUUUUUAUUUGAAAUAAAAAUGAGAUCAGACUACAUUUUUGGUGGCCAGAUUUUUUUUCACUCAGUGAUAUAUCAUGAACAUAUUUCCACACUAAUAUAAUUUUCUAAUAAUUUCAGAUGCUAUAACUACAGUUUAAUUCUUAUUGGAAAAUUUGUUGCUUUAUAAAUGGUAAAUCAUUUGGUAAACAAUAUGAUCAUUAUUCUUGUAGCCAAUAUCAUUAUUAAAAUGAUGGACCUUAUUAAAGCUAUAGAAGAAUUUAUAAAUGUAAAGAGUUAUUCAGAAAUCUUGUAUCUAAUAUUACAGUGUCAGAAAACUCAGCAGGUUAUAUAACAUGUAGACUUUGAGAUAGUUGCUCAGAAGUUUUCACAUACAGGAUUAACCUUGCUGCAGUGCUUGUGCAAGAUUAAAAAGAUGUCAUGGGUCCCUUUGUAAGCUCAUAAUAUUGCUGUAGAUAAAUAAAGGAAAUUUUAUAAAUAAAA